AUGGAUGAUAGACAAGCACCAGGCAAUUCGACUGAUGAUAUGCAUGAAAUAGAAGAGGAAGCGAACACAUCGACCAACGCCUCCCCGAGACUGAGUUGCCUAACCCCAGAUAGGCAAGCACUAGCCGAUUCCAUGAUGGAAUCGAUCACCGCAUCCGUUUCCAAGCUCAGAAGUGGAGAUCCGCCCACCAUCUACAAAGUCCCACAAAGAAUCCGGCAAGGAAACGAGGCUGCCUAUGAGCCUAAGAUCGUGUCAAUCGGCCCAUACCAUAACGGCAACAAGAACCUACAAGCCAUGGAAGAGCAGAAAUGGCUGUACCUACAUUCGUUCCUCUCCCGCAAUACCAAAUAUAAGUUGAAGCACUACCUGAAGGCGAUGUCGGAAUUGGAAGAUGAAACGAGAAGUUGCUACUACCACAAUAUCGACCUGCACCUGCAGGUGAGCAACGAGUUUGUGAAAAUGAUGGUGCUUGAUGCUUGCUUCAUUGUCGAGUUCUUUCUCAGGUUCCAUCCGAGAGAGCAUAAACUGGAGUUGCUCAGGCAACUACGGGAGGAGCUCAAGCAAAACGAGGAGGCAACAGAGAAGUUCUUUUUCCAUUCAAAUGGCUUCGAAGACCCGAAAUAUCUUACGAUUGUGAUGGUGUUGUAUGAUAUGCUCCUACUCGAAAAUCAAAUUCCUUUCUCCAUUCUGCAUUGUAUUUUCAAAAUGGCUUGUCCAAUUCACGUACCGCAUGCGCUUGCGGAGAUGGCCCUUUCUUUCUUCGAUCAAUUAAUGCCUAGGAAUAAGGAAAUCGAGAUCAUAGAUUCCUACUAUCAUCUGCUCCAUUUGUUCCACUCGCAUUUGUUACCAACCUCAACUAAUAGCAAGGAGGAGUCCAACCUUUCGUGCAAUCCUAAAAUCAAAAUCGUCCUCAACGAGUUCAUGAAGAAUCUACUCAUGAAUCUACUCAUCAUCUUCCUCCCAAGUUCAAAUCAGGCCCUGUUGCCUAUUACUAUACGGCAGAUGAUCCCUUGCGCGGUUGACCUCCAACUUGCGGCGGUCAAGUUCAAGAAGAAUGAGGAAUUGAAUAGCAUCUUGAACGUGAAAUUUAGCCACGGGGUGUUGGAAAUCCCGCUCUUGUUAAUAGAUGACUACAGCGAAACUCUCUUUCGGAACCUCGUAGCAUUCGAACAAUGCUACCCAAAAGCAAAUUACCACUUCACGACUUACCUUGUGUUCAUGAAUUUCCUUGUCAGUACGUCCAAGGAUGCGGCGCUGCUCCAUCGCAAUGGGAUCAUAGAUAAUUUGCUGGGAAGCGAUGAAGAACUGGUCCAUCUAUUCAACCGGCUCUGCAUUGGGAUAUUCUAUAAUUUCGAGGGAAGCUAUCUUUCGGAUGUAAAAGACAAUGUGCAAAAACACUGCGAGAACAAAUGGAACAUGUGGCGGGCGAGCUUGAAGCGCAAUUAUUUCACCAAUCCAUGGUAUGCCAUUUCUUUGUUCCCGGCUUCGAUCGCCCUCCUCCUCACCAUGACCCAAACGUUCUUCACCGUCUUUCCUUAUUACCGCCGCGGUCCUAGUUCUUGA